AUCCUGAUUCUUUAAAAUAUCGAGGAUCCAUGAUGAGCAAACCCACCGGCUCAACAAGUGGCUGUUUGGAUAUUCUGAAUGUCAAAUCAAGUCGGAUUCUGGACAUCCCAUGUAAAGUGUGCGGCGACCGCAGCUCAGGGAAACACUAUGGUGUUUACGCCUGUGAUGGCUGCUCGGGAUUCUUCAAGAGGAGCAUCCGCAGAAAUCGGACUUAUGUGUGUAAAUCUGGCUCGCAGGGUGGUUGUCCCGUAGACAAAACUCACAGAAACCAGUGCCGAGCUUGUCGUUUGAAAAAGUGUCUGGAAGUGAACAUGAAUAAAGACGCCGUUCAGCAUGAGAGGGGGCCACGGACAUCUACAAUUCGCAAACAGGUCGCUCUGUAUUUCCGGGGCCACAAAGAGGUGAACGGCUCCUCGGCACAUUUCCCCGGAUCCUCACUACCCGGUCCUCCUUUUUUCACCACUGUCACCCAGCUGGAGCCGCACAACUUGGAGAUGAGCACAGUAGCCACUACACCGGAAAGACAAGCCAUCGUGGGUCUAGCACAGCCAACUCCUAAGUAUCCCCACGAGGUCAGUGGCACCCCCAUGUAUCUGUACGAGGUGGCUACGGAGUCUGUGUGCGAGUCAGCUGCGCGUCUUCUCUUCAUGAGCAUCAAGUGGGCAAAAAGUGUCCCCGCGUUCUCCACCCUCCCUUUAUCUGAUCAGCUGAUUCUGUUGGAGGACGCUUGGAGGGAAUUAUUUGUUCUGGGCAUCGCUCAGUGGGCCAUUCCCGUGGACUCCACAACUCUUCUCGCUGUUUCUGGGAUGAACACUGAAAACACGGAGUCUCAGCGGAUGAACAAGAUUAUGUCUGAGAUUCAGGCGCUUCAAGAGGUGGUCACCAGAUUCAGACAGAUGCGCCUUGACGCGACCGAGUUCGCCUGCUUGAAAUGUAUCGUGACAUUCAAAGCUGUUCCUACGCAUGGAAGCACAGAAUUAAGAAGUUUCCGCAACGCCAGCGCUAUUGCUGCUCUGCAAGAUGAAGCCCAGCUCACUCUCAACAGUUAUAUACACACCAGGUACCCGACUCAGCCGUGUCGUUUUGGUAAGCUCCUCCUGCUGCUGCCGGCCCUCCGCUCUGUCAGCCCGUCCACCAUAGAGGAGGUGUUCUUCAAAAAGACCAUCGGCAACGUUCCCAUCACCAGGCUCCUGUCCGAUAUGUACAAAUCCAGCGAUAUAUGAUUUCUCACCAUCUGCCGGGGCGCGUGAGGAGGGGGUGAGAAAAAAGACUGGAAGUCCACGAGGAGACCCACUGAACAAUCAACACAGACUGUCAAAUCAUAGCAGGUGUAGCCACGGCCUGAAGCACAAAAUCUCUUACGGGCUGUCUUAAUACAGCCUAUUUAGGUUUAGGCUCCAUUGAACACAUCCGGAUCACAACUUUAGCCUGUUAACAGUUGCUCUAGUCAAGGAUUAGCAUGUACCUUUCAUUAGAGACCUGCCUGUCUGAUUCUGAAAACUGCAAUACCUUGUGGCCAAAACAGCUUGCAGCGUUUAAAUGUCGCCUUAAGGCUCUGGAGAGCACCUGCCAAGCACGUUUCCUAAAGAAACGCUGUACAUUAAGAGUUUUUUGUUUUGUUUUUUUCCGAGUGUCUAUGAGACCAAUGAGCUUGACGACCAAUUCACCAUUUUAUUUCUGUGUUCAAUCCCAACGGAGGAAACCAAAAAAAAAAAAAAGAAGAAGAAGAAGAAGCAGCAGCAGCAUCCGGGGGGAGAUGCGAGUCGCUGUUCCUCAAUUCGGUGCUGAAACCAAACGCACGGAUGAGGCGUCAGCUCCAUGAAGCAUUGUGGAGGACUCUUUAAAAAGGAUGCACUAUCUACCCCCCCAGCCCCCCUUUGACUGUAAAACUACAUUCAUCUGAAAAAUGGUGUCUGUAUUUAAAUGGCUGUCCUGUUUGUGUUUGGUGUGUCCUGUUUGAGGCGCAGCAUAAAAAAAAAGAAAAGAAAACGCUUAAGGUCGACUUUUUGAAGUUAGACACUAACACUGGAUAAAAUCUUAUUCAGCACUUGGAAAUGUUUUUGUGGCCUGUAAUGUUUUUAUUCUGUUGUAAAAACAAAAAACAAAAAAAAACAUAAAAUUUUUAAUGGAGUUAUAACUAUUUAGAGUUGUAACCAAGAGAAUAAAAGACACUGAAUUAAACGGUUUUCAUAUAACAUGACAUAGAUGCUUAUAGUAAAACUACCAGCUGGAGCCCUGGCAUCAUAGCAAACAGUGGUGUUGGUUUCAUAUCUAAUUACAGUGACACUUUAUAAGGAUGUAGAGCUCAUACUAAAUUAUUAAACACUAAUGCAUGCAUCUUGAUUUAAAGCAGGAUUUCUUGUGAACACCUGAAGCUCAUCAGUAAUAACCAACUCAGUGUCCGUUCAUUUGAUUUGUUAGUGCUUUAUCAAGUAAUGAGUAACAUAUAUUAUUUUACAUUUUUCUUUGUCACCAAAUGAGAUUUGUAUUAUAUAAAAUGGAUCAUUUGGGAUUAAUCUCUCCAAAAUCAGAGCAGUGCUUGCUCUCACAGGACAUAUGAAGCUGCAAUCAAACCCCAUGUUCAAAUUCAAAAGUUUUACAUGGAGCUGCACGAGUCAAAAGUCCUCACAUCUUAUAUGUGCAGCAUGUGGGAGGCAGUGUGCUUAAAAAAAAUAAUGUACAGAUAUGUUAUUGUUAUGAAAAAGGUCAGACCUUACAAAUAGUCCUGAAGGUAAGAAGAAAUGGCUUUUUACUUUUAUUGUGGUGGCACAUGUGAUACAAAAGUAAAGCAAAAAAAAAAAAAAGCUUCUGGAUCUUGCAUUCAUUAAGCAUAGUGACCUGGCCCAAAUACAUCUUGUACUAAUUGAUGCUUAAUCUGUCACAAGUCAUAGACUGCAUCAUUUCUGUCUUUAGCAUGGUUCACCUAUAGAAGUAACUCUAGUCUAAGUCCAAACUCAGGGCUGUCUUUGAAUAGCUAUAGUCCCUAUACAUCUUGUACAGUAUUUAUUAAACAGUUACAGUAACAUAGUUGGGAUGACUGCACUGGUCCUGACUGACUGUCCAAAGCGGGUACCGAGACAGGCAAACAGCCCGAAGCGACGACAAAUGCACUCACACGUGGAGACGUUUCACCUAUUUUAUUGGAAAAUAUUCAAAAUAAACAAAAAUGGCACAGCAGUAUACAAAUCUCAAAAUGCAUAUAGCCAGUAGAAAUACUGCAGUUCCCUCUGUGUAAAUCUCUUGCUAGAAAAUCAUUUGUGAUAACUGGGCAGGUGCUGGUCAAUAUACACACACACACACACAUGCACGCCUCCUUUUUCGGAGAAGAACACCUAAGUGUGAUUUGAAAGUCAAGCCCCGUCGUCGCAUGUGUGUUUUUUGUGUUUAGUUGUUAGGUCGGUGGUGAGCAACAUGCCAUACUGGACGAGAAACGCUGUGGGUCAUUACGAGAGCUUUGCAUAUACAGAACACUCAUUCAAUGUUACUAUAUAAAUGAAUAUAUUUAAGACAUAGCUAAAUGAUAAAUACAUUAAUAUAUCCAUGUUAGUGGCAUUUCCAGACAAAGAGAAAUUGCUAUAAAUUACUUUGAACCACAGUUACGUGUCGAACAUUCUUGACUCCGAUUAGAAGGUGAAAACAAACACCGAUCAGGAUAACUAAAC